CUACGAUCAUGUUUUUCAAAAUCAGAUCACGACGAAUGUCAACACGCCCACCCGCACUGCAACCUCUUCCCUUUCCGCCCGAUACCUCAGUAUGGGCACCUCAGAUCUGCCAUGAGUCGUUUCAGAGUGGAAACAGAGAAAUUGAUUGGAUCAGGCAAUCCGAGCUGCUGUUGGUCGCCCGCAUUCGGAUCAGAAAGGUAACGUCAUGCCUGCUUCUCUGUACAAUUCCAGCGUCGAGCUCUGGUUGCAAUUAUGGGGAUUGUGCUGCAGCCGAAGAGCGCAGAUGCGAAUAAAAACCCCUGCGGACUUUGUCGGGCACAGAAGCUCGUGUUCAGGUUGCCGGCGCUCGCUUGUGGAAAGUACUGCGGGUCAGAAAGAGGAUCCCAGGGCCGAAACAGGACGACGGAUUUAGAUCGUGUUCGAUAAGCGGAGAGACAUAGAGAUUCGAAUGUCAUCACUUGUGGAUAUGGCUAGUCGGCUUGGCCGACAUCGGACGGACGUUUCAGGGGGGUUGAUUUCCCUCUACCUAAAGUUGAUUCAUUCCCUGUCCCGCAUUCGAAUUUAGGUCUCACGUGUCUCUGGAUUCUGAUUCGUAGCGACACCUCGCUUCCGUGCCCCGAACCAACCCCCAAUGCUCUGCCUUUCGCUUGACCCAACCUGAUGCAGCUCUCUCCCCGUUCCUUUUAUUUCCCUGAUGAUCGAAGUUUUAGAUUCUACAAUUGCGAUUUCGACGCUGUGAGGCGCUCAGCAUCAGGUUUAGGUUGCAGAAACUAGAGCGACCAGAGUACCGCCGGUCAUAAAAUUACGUAAAGAAAUCAGCGGGGAAGAGUGGGCAUGAUCAUGCCCCCCACGGCACACGGAAGCCCGGACCUCACAUCAGACUCGAUCGAGAGACGUGCUCAGAUCCAGUGAUUUCGAAGCAACCUCAAUGUCGGAAUUCGCAUCUUCGCAGAGCGAAACGAGGAAUCGUCAUCUCAGGAAUCGGCAACUUUGCCAUCCCCGUCCGUGCGGCGAAUAGCCGAUGACGUCCACGCCGAGAACCAGUUCCGACCAUUCGCGUCUCUCGACGAUUUAGGUGAAGCCGAUCAAACCCUACAUCUCUUCUCCCACAAGACCGGAAUGCGGAAAGUGGCCUUCCGUGGGGAUCCGCAUCCGUGCGCAGCACAAAGGUGGUGAGGGAGAGAGAUAGAUCCAUAGACAGACAGACAAACAGACUCCAGGCGAAGUGCGUGCUCGAGAAGCAAUCACGCAAUGUGAAAUUUUUCGCAUAGUGCUGAAGAGCAGACGAGGAGAGGAGAGGCGAGGUGCGUGAUCGAGAAGCAAUCACGCAAUUUGAAAUUAUUCGCAUAGUGCUGAAGAGCAGACGAGGAGAGGCGAGGCGAGGUGCGUGAUCGAAAAGAAAUCACGCAAUGUGAAAUUCUUUCGCAUCGUGCUGAAGAGCAGACGAGGAGAGGAGAGACGAGACGAGGAGGAUUGGAGCGAUGGGGAAGAGAGGAUUGGGAGGGCACGAGCCACUGCAGAAGGACGACGACUUCCACGUCGCGCUUCUGCAUCUGGCCGUCAAGGAGGACGAUAUUCUGGCCGUUAAGGAUCUGAUGCGCGUCGCGGCCUGGGUGGAGGCGGCGGACCGCAGCGGGCGCAACGCGCUGCACUGGGCGGUGGCCUUCGGCAGCAAGGAAGCGUGCGAGCUGCUGCUGGCGCAGAGCGGCGACGCGGGCGUGCUCCACGCCGACAAGACCGGGCGCACGCCGCUGCACUUCGCCGCGAUCUGGGGGCGGAGCGACGUCGCGAAGCUGCUGCUGGGCCGCGGGGCCAAGGUCAACACGACCGACAGGAAGGGCAUGACCGCGCUGCACUACGCGGCGCAGAACUCCAACCCGUUCCUCAUCCGCUCGCUGGUCAAGCGCGGCGCGGACAAGCAGGCGCGCGACAGCCGCAGGCGCAACGCCUUCCAGGUCGCGGUGCAGUGGGACGCGCCGCAGACCAUUCUGGACCUCCUGGACCCCGACCUCGUGACGGACCCGCCUCCCAAAGUCGCCGUCGAACUCCCUCAGGCCCGCCGGUUCGCAGAGACGCUCUCGCCCAGGUCGCACCACGAGGUGCACGUCCCGCCGUUCGGGUCCGACGGCAACAAGGACUUCCCGGCGGAGCUGGUGAAGAUGGAGAUGCAGAAGCAGGCCGACAAAGCGAAGUCCAUGCUGCGCAAGGUCGUGGCCAAGAGGAUGAAGAAGGAGGAGGCGCCAGGCGCGCGAUCCAAGGAGUUCGCGCUCAAGGCGCUCGCGGCGCGACGCCGGAAGACGGUCGUCGAGCACCAGAUGAAACGGACGGCGGAGCAGAAACGCCUGCAGCAGAUGAAGCGCGAGACGCCGAAGGACGGGCCGGCCGUCGGGAGCUACAGGUCGUCGCGCGCCACGUCGCCUCCGUCGUCGCCCGCGGGGAAGAAGCGCGCCGACGCGUCGCCCUCCAAAGCCCCGUCCGGCGCGUCGUCCCACUCGCCCAGGUCGCCCAGGCCCGCCGCGCCGGGCCUGACGCCUCCGAGCUUCUCGCGGCCUAACACGCCCCAGGCGUUCAUGCCCGGCAGCGCCGCGCGGCCGCUGCGCCCGAAUCCCAAGGCGCGAGACGGGUGGCCGAGCCCGCCCGAGAGCAUCCGGAGUCGACAUGAGGCUGCCCGCGCCCGGGCCCGCAAAGGCCCGGCCCAGCCGAAGGCUCAGCCGCAGCACCAGCAGCCCCGUUGGCGAGCCCAGCCCGCGCGUCUCCCGUCGCCCGCGCGCCUUGCCCUCCACGAGUUCGUGGGCACGUCGGCUCGCCACAACGCCCUCGGAAAGAACCCUUCUCCCACCGUCCACGCGUGCGUCGACGUGCGCAAGCUCCAAUCCCAGUGGCUUUGACGCGUCACCCGCCCGCUCCCCCCUUUCCCCUUGCCCGCCUGCCCGCCGUCCCUCCUCCCUCCUCCCUCCCCCUCGCUC